AACGAAUCACGAUACAGGAACGAACCCAAUUGUUAGAAGCACAGGCUUUCCGGACCCACCAAAGCAGUCAUCUUCCACAGGUGUCAACCUCUUCUUUUGCAUGGUAUCUUACCCACCGCUUUGCCACCCUCUCUCUCCCUCUCUCUCUCUCUCUCUCUCUCUCUAUAUAUAUAUAUAUAUAUAUUUGUACAUGUACAUACACACUACCACUUCUUUGAAAACCUCGCUUUCCAUUUAACGCUCCUCUCCGGUGACCGUGGUUCACCUUCUCCGGUGGGUUUAUUGAACUGGGUCACUCAUGGCAGCUCCUGGUUAUUCCUUGCUCCCCAUGAAACCAUCUCUACUCUUUUUCUCUCUAUUGCUUUUUGGGGUUCUACUGGGUGGUGGAGCCGCCCGCUACAAGCACUGGGAAUCGGUAAUCAGGAUGCCCUCCGAGGAAGAUGAUGGGGAGGUCGGCACAAGAUGGGCGAUUCUUGUUGCCGGUUCAUCUGGAUAUGGAAACUACAGACACCAGGCAGAUGUAUGCCAUGCGUAUCAGAUAUUGAGAAAGGGAGGACUAAAAGAAGAGAACAUAGUUGUGUUUAUGUAUGAUGAUAUAGCCAUGAAUAAGCUCAACCCAAGGCCUGGAGUCAUCAUCAACCAUCCACAAGGAGAAGAUGUAUAUGCCGGUGUGCCUAAGGAUUACACUGGCGAGAAUGUAACGGCAAAAAACUUGUAUGCAGUUCUUCUUGGUGACAAAAAAGCUGUUAAAGGUGGAAGUGGGAAGGUUGUGAAUAGCAAAGCCAACGACAGGAUCUUCUUGUACUACUCUGAUCAUGGAGGCCCAGGAGUGCUAGGGAUGCCCAACAUGCCAUACCUUUACGCCAUGGAUUUUAUUGAGGUUUUGAAGAAGAAACAUGCUUCAGGCACUUACAAGAAGAUGGUUAUAUACGUAGAAGCUUGCGAGAGUGGGAGUAUUUUUGAAGGCAUAAUGCCGACAGAUAUAAAUAUAUAUGUAACCACAGCAUCAAAUGCUCAAGAGAGUAGCUAUGGCACAUAUUGUCCUGGAAUGGAUCCUCCUCCGCCUCCAGAGUACAUCACUUGCUUGGGAGAUUUGUAUAGUGUUGCUUGGAUGGAGGACAGUGAAACUCACAAUUUGAAGAAAGAAACUGUAAAGCAACAAUAUCGAGCGGUAAAAGCUCGAACAUCGAAUUAUAAUACUUACAGUGUUGGAUCCCAUGUGAUGGAAUAUGGAAAUAAAACUCUCAAAGGAGAGAAGCUUUAUUUAUAUCAAGGCUUUGAUCCUGCCAGUCUCAACUUUCCCCCAAACCAUUUGAGUCUACCCAUGGGAGUUAUUAACCAAAGAGACGCUGAUCUUCUCUUCUUAUGGCAUAUGUAUAAAAAUUCAGAUAACAAGGCAGAGAUUCUGAAGGAGAUUAUAGAGAUAAUAAGGCACAGAAAGCAUAUAGAUGGGAGCAUUGAGUUAAUUGGGUCUAUUUUGUACGGACCAACAAAGGCUUCUUCAACCCUUACUUCUGUUAGAGCUCCCGGUUUACCCUUGGUUGAUGACUGGCAAUGCCUAAAAUCGACGGUUCGGACAUUUGAAACGUAUUGUGGGUCACUGACUCAAUAUGGCAUGAAACACAUGCGAGCAUUUGCAAAUAUUUGCAACAGCGGAGUUCCUCAGGCAUCGGUGGAGGAAGCUUGUGCUGCUGCCUGUAGGGGUUAUGAGCUGAGUCAAUGGCACCCCGUGAACAAAGAUUAUAGUGCUUGAGUCAAACCAAUAUAUUAUUGAUGUGACAACUUAGUAACAUUAUGCAUAUUACAGUACUACUUUUUUCUUCUCUCCUGGUGUGUUCUCUUUUACUUUUCAUUUUUGUUUUUUUUUUUUCGGUGGUUUAGGAUACAUAUAGCAAGAAGAAUGUAUCAGGUUGAUAUAGUCUUUUAAUAGAAAUGGUAUGGUUGGACA